AUGACUUCUGAGUACCCCGUGUUGAAGGAGGUAAUCGACAUUGUCAAAGGGUUCGACAAGCAACCGAAUCCCGAGAACUGGGACUAUGAGCGAUGCCCCGCAGACAAGAAGACAUCCAUUGGUCGUUGCAGCAUGAUACUCAAGUCAGCUAACAAAAAGAGAGCCAACGAGCUCCUCGUUCACUUCAAGCUGUUGAAGGAAUGUCCUGCGACCGAGGAGUUUCUCAGCCAGCUCAAGGAUUUUCUCUAUAUAUCUCACUGCCAGCAUCAUAGAACCGACGUAAUUAGCAGUUUCGAAAGAUGGAGGCACCUACACGCCAAAUCCUCUAUUUCCAUGACUGGUCAAGAUCCAUCCAAUUUCAAGGACAAAUCCGACGAUAGCUCAUUAUAUUUCGAUGCAAAAUCCAUAAGCCUAGCGACGUCUUCCACCACCAGUGACCCGGCGUCGUCCGAAUCAACGAGCCCUGACGAAGAUUCAAAGUUCGCACAGGUUGAGGUAGUCACGGACGGCAUCUCCACUAUGGUCAUCGCCUCUGCCGGCAUCAAUUCCAGCGAUGCUCAGGAUGGGAAGCGUGAGCAGGUCCUAGACACUGGCCUGGCCACAGAGGGUAUCUCGACUUUGGCUGUUGCCUCUGCCAGUAUCAUUCCAGAUGACGCCAACGAUGAAAGACCUCAGCAAAUGAUCGGUCUUGGCCUGGUCACUCCCCGCCGAAAGAAGUCAAUCCAAGAGGACUGUCGAGUCAUCAAUGAGAUCUACAAAGACCUGACUGCAAAGCAGACAAAACAUGGAAUCGUCUAUGUGCUCAGGCAUGUCAAACAUGAGGGCCUAUACAAGAUUGGAUGGACGCAAACGACAGUGAAGGACAGACUGAACCAGUCAGGGAACUGCUGCAAGUCCAACACGACAACCGUCUACGAAUCUCCCGGAGAGCAAUUCCCUGGGGCGGCCAAGGUUGAGAAGCUCGUCCACGAAAUGCUUCGCUUCCACAACGUCAAGGUAUCCGAGUGUGCCUAUUGUGAAAAGGGUCACAAUGAGUGGUUCAAGGCGCCAAAGGAAACGGUUUUGAACCAUAUCAAGGUCAUGGAGUGUUUUGUCAAGUUACCCGCGUACACGUCCGAAAACGGCGAACGCUGGAAGCUUUCGGGUCCUGCCUACGACAUCGUCAGACGGAUGACCAACAUCACGCCUGCGAUGAUUCACAUGGCGAUGGCGGGCAUUGAGGAUUUGGUCGAGACAAAGUCGGAAACGGUUACGGAAGUCACAGAGAUCUUUGUCUCGCCCGACCCCCAAGACCUUGAGGAUAGGGAGGGCCAGAGACCCUUGGAUGAGGUGGACGUCGAUGACCGCGGAGAGGCCACAGAAAAACCCAAAAAGUCUGUGGGUGCAGCAGCUGGUAGAUUUGUGAAAGAGAGCAAAGACAAAGUUCACCGCUUGCGAGCAGGCUUCAACAGCGGCAAAGUGCGAAACAUCGAAGAAGUUGUCGACGAUAUUUUACACAUCAUGUAUCCCCAGGAGCUCCAGACUGGGAAAAUCAAUCCCGGUGACAGGAUAUGGGCUGGACUAUCUCAAUUGGAGAAGAGAUUGAAGCGCGAGAUCAAAGACUUCAGGGAAGAAUCGAAACGCUAA